AUGGAGAACUAUAUCAUCGGCGUCAACACCAACGACCCGGCCAGCAAAGAGUGCCGCGAUAUCAACUGGUCCAUCAACACUUGCAAGUUCAUCAUGUUUGCCAUGGAUUAUGUCACUGCAACCGACACCAGCAACAUUCUGGUCACGCAGGCCGAACGAGUGGGAUCCUACUUCGACGACAUCGAAUCAUAUCUAGCAAUCAUCCCCAACCCCAUCCCAGACCAGCGUCUCGACCUCGGAACCAAAUGGCGCAGAUUCAUGUACCUUAACUGGGACCUACAGGCGAAGAAAGCGACGAGUGAAUUUACAUAUUAUAUCAGAUUGUCUCCAAGAUUGGGUCCCCACAACCUACGCGGCCUACCUCUCGAUGCGGACGGCGACAUCGAAUUGGGGGGCAUCGAGACCAACGAGGACAUUCUCGCGCGCAUCAAGGCAGUGGCCAGUGCGUGGGAGGCGUUUCCGCGGAGCUUUGCCAAUCCGUUUCCGAGCACCUGGUAG